CGCAUUAGUGACCAAGGACCCAUUUUCGCCAAGUUCGUUGUCGUUUAGAUUUAAUGAGAGAAGAGUGGUGUUUGUGCAAAGCAUUUGGGCUAAUGGCGCAAUUGUCAAGCAUGUUAUUUGA